GUGAUAAACAACAACCAGGAAUCCAGUGCUCCUGCUUCCUAAAAUGGUCAUGAGUGAUCAUGACCCUGAGCUGAAGAGGAAAAAAGGAGAAGAAAAGUAUGUGGGAGGAGAAAAGAAGAGCAAGUGGGGUUAAUAGGGUCAGGCUUUCACUGAAUGACAGGGAACAAUAUUCAUUUUUAUUUUUUUUGUGCAGCACUUUCUAACUGAAUUUGCGUAGUUCCACACACGUGGUAACCCAUGCUUUUGGCAUUGAUUAGCCGUUUAGAAUGGAUACCUUCCACAUCACACAUACAGUAAAAAUGUGUUAUGAUGUUGUGUUUGGCUUGUGCCUUUGGAUCUCCAUUGAGACACUGCUCCUUUUUAGCUACAAUUUGGACCCCAACUAGAUUGUGUGCUCUCUCGCGUUUCGAGUUCAAGAAGCCUUAAACCUGUUCUUUCUGAGAAGCAGCAAGUUCCUGAAUAAUGGAUGAGAAGCAAAUCUCCAGUUUGUAUUCAUUUGAAUCUGAAAAGAAGAGUGAUAGCUUGUAUCCAAUGUGUUUUGGUGUUUCUUGUGCAUUCUUUGCCCUCAAACUCCUGUCCAAGCCUGAAGUGGAAGAUGAAAGAUGGUCCAAAGUAUGUGAUAAAAUUCUUCAAGGAAGUGCCCAACUCCUGGGGCUGCUUGUGUGGAAGGUUCAGAGAGGAAAGUGUGAGCUUCUCCAUAAACUUGAAACUGCUGAGAGGGAGAUCGAAGAGUUGAAAAAAAUAAGACAUGAAGACGCAAAAGCCAAUGAGAAAGUUGUGAGCAUCUUUGCUGCACAAGAGCAGAGCUGGUUGAAUGAAAGGAAGAAGCUCCGGCAGCAGAUUGUGGCUCUUAUGAAUGAAUUGAAGGUUAUUGAGAGAAAGAAGGAUGAAGCUAUUUCUGAAUUGAGGGUACUUGAGAGAAAGAAGGAUGAAGCUAUUUCUGAAUUGAAUCAGAAGUUGAAGGAAUUGGAGAUUAUGGUGCAGUGUAAGGAUAAGGUGUUGGAGGAAGAGAAGCAGACGAAGAUGGAGUUAGAAGAAGUGCUGAAAGAGGCUGAAAAUGUUGUGGAAGAAUUGAGAGAAACUGCAAACCGUGAAGCUCAAGAGCACUCUUCUGAGCGUUGGAAGCACAAAACGGCCUUCAUUGAAGUUGUGUCAAACCAACGACAGCUUGAAGCUGAGAUGGGCCGCCUACUUAGGCAAGUUGAAGCUAAAAAACAAGAUCUUGAUGUAGCGUUAGAGCAAAAGGAAGAGGCAGUCUUGCUGGCUCAAAAACUAUCAAUGGAAAUGGUAAAGAUGCAUAAGGAUUUGGAACAGAAAGAGAAAAUUCUGUCAGCAAUGCUUAGGAAGUCCAAGCUGGAUACAGCAGAGAAGCAAAGGCUUUUAAAGGAGGUCAAAUUAUCAAAGGCUAAGAGAAAACAAGCUGAAAUAGAAACGGAAAGGUGGAGGGCAGUAUCAGAGUCUAGACACGAGAGACAUUCAUUAAGAAGUAUGUUGGCUAACCAAGUCAAUUCAAAACCUGAUGUUUACACAGGUGCAACAGGGUCGUCGCUCGUUGGAAAGACGAGAUCACAGUCAACUGAUCUCGUUUUGGAGUAUGGGUAUCUUGGGCUUAAAAAGGACAGAAAGGAGCUAGGUUUUCAUUCUUCACUCUCUGAUCACUAUCCACUGGAAGGGAAUGAGGAAUUGCCUAUCACAACUGAUAUCAAGCGAUUGGAAGGUUGGGUACGCUCAGAAGCUGAAAAGUAUGCAACUGUAAUUCAGCAGAGGCAUCUCUUAGAACUAGAUGCUUUUGCAGAACAAAUGAGAGUCAAAGAUGAGAAAUUGGAGGCAUUCCGUUGGCAGUUGCUGAGCAUGGAAUUAGAAUCAAAGCGGCUGGAGUCUCAGGUCGAGAAUAUGUCACAGCUCAGACAUUACAAUAUGAAUUUGGAAGCCUUGUUACUGGAAAGAGAAGAAGAAUUAACUUUCUUAAAAGAGCAACUAGCAUUACAAUUGACGUCCCUAAAUUUCCAGAAGACCAACUUAAAUUCAUCUUCUCAUAUUCCAGCAAUAUCCCAUGAUGCCAUCUGUUUCGAAGGCAAGAUCCUAGAGGGAAAACCAUGGGAGAGAGAACAAGAAACAAAUACAACAAGUUCGGUGGAUAAAUAUCAAGAAGAAGAUGCUCAGAGAGAAGAAGAAACUCCAUCCUUUAAUCAGUCCAAAGAUGCAGGCUUAAUGACCCAAUCUCCUGAAAAAGAAUUAGAAGACGAUAAGGAUAUUGCCAAUCAGGGUCCUGCCCUGGAGGGAAGUACAAGUCUAGUGGAGGUUGAUACUACUGAAAAGUUAGCGUCACCUAGCCAUCCCUUGAGUAAGACAAACAAUUCUCCAUGGAGGAUCGAUCUUUGUGCUCUUGGAGUUUCUUACAAGAUCAAAAGGCUAAAGCAGCAACUUUUUAUGCUGGAGAGGUUGGCAGGAAAGCAAGAAAGUGUUGAAGAUACAGAAAGAAAUGAUAAUGGGCAAAUAGGGAUAAAGGGCUUCCUUUCAUUAUUGUCUUUGCUGAAUAAACAAGUUGGCAGGUAUGAGUCCCUUCAAGCGAAGGCAGAUGACCUUAGCAAACGGAUGCAUGAGAAUGAUCUAAAUGUAAAUCAUGGAAAUUCUGGUACAGCAAAAACAAAGGCAGAAACUAAAGCAUUAGAACACUUCCUUGAGGAAACGUUUCAGCUGCAGAGAUAUAUUGUUGCAACAGGACAGAAAUUGAUGGAAAUUCAAUCCAAGGUUGCUUCUGGAUUUGUUGGGGUCGCCCAAGAACUAAACAAGACUGCUAGCUUUGACAUGAAGGGCUUUGCUGAUAGUGUUAGAACUCUCUUCCAGGAAGUUCAGAGGGGCCUUGAAGUUCGAAUAUCUCGAAUUAUUGGAGAUCUUGAGGGAACCCUGGCUUGUGAGGGAAUGAUACAUUUGAGGAGGUAGUGAUGGGAACCAAAAAGAUUAAGAUGAGGUUCAAUUAUGGUGUAGAUGGUCAUGAAGUGGCUUACAAAUAUUUCUACUUAUAUCUAUAGUUGAAUUUGUACAGGAAAAAAAAAAAACUCUCAAUAGUUUUAAUGCUAUAGAAAUGUGCCUGGACUCAUAUUUUGUUCUUAGUGCUAGGAGGAAAAUAAGAAUUAUUUUUACAUAAAUAUCCUAUCCUGUCUUUGUGGGGGUGUGCAUGUGUUACUCAACCCUAGACAAUCUUGAUGAUAUACUCAAUCUUAGACAAGUUUUUUUGAUCUUUACACUCACUGUGUUAGCCUCUAACAUGGAUUGAUUCAGCUCAUGUUGACUGAACCAACUGA